ACACUUUUCCGUGACGGGCCUGGCUCAGUUCCGGCGGGUGUGGUUGGUGAACGAGGAAGAGGCCAAGGAGCUGAUCCGGAAAGCUCUGGAAGCCGAUCGGCUCAUCCACGUCCAGCAGCUGGGAAUUCCCUGGGAAGAGCCGCUCCACUGGUUCCUGGAAAACGUGGGACCCUUGGGAGAGAAGCCGGAGAAGAGGACGGCCCUCCGGGCGGCCCGGGAAGCGCUGGAAGAGGAAAACUCCGGAAAACCACCCGAGGACGGAAAAGCGAAGAAAAAGAAAGGCUUCUUCCCCCCUCCCAAUCCCUCCGUGUCCCCCCCCCGCAGGGACGCCGCGGCCGCGGCCGCCCGGGAAGCCCUGGAUAUCCGGGAUUCCUCCGGAGACGCGGAAUACUGGGAAGCGCUGGCCCACGUCAUCCCGGAGCCCAAGCUGAAACUCUGGGAUGCUCUGGAUGCGGCGCUUCUGGAAUACCACCGUGUCCUGAGCCGGAGAGCCGAGCUCCUCUCCCAGGCCACGCUCCUGCAGCAGCAGAACUCGGAGCUGGGAAUGCUCCUGGAGGAAUAUCUGCGCUCCAAAGCCAGCGGCUGAGCCGGGAAUUCCGGCCCCUGGAACCGGAUCCGAACGCGUGCCGAGGAAUCGCUGGGAAUGGGCGGG